AUGUUCUUCUGUCCCUUCUGCGGGACGCUGCUGCUCAUUGAGCCACACCACCCGACUAACCGGUUUGCCUGCUCCAGCUGCACGUAUGUCGCGCCCAUCCCUUCGACGCACCUGCUCACAGUGAACCACUCACUGUUGAAGUUCAACAAGACGGUAGAGGAUGACGCCAAUGUGAAGGCGAAUGGAAUCAAGACGAAGAAUGAAGAGGUGGAUGGUGGUCAAUUGAUUACUGUGCGGUGCCAGAAUGACGAGAAGUUCUGCGAUGGCAAUCGGGCGCAUUAUGUCCAAAUUCAAAUGCGCUCCGCAGAUGAGCCGGCGACAACAUUUUUUAAAUGUUUAAAGUGUGGCUUCCAGUGGAAGCAGGAUUAA